UUAUUGUCUAGUUCCUGUCGCUGUGGCAACUGUGUUUCAUCACCAAAAAAAGUGCAAACUCAUAAUUCCAAAUCGAACAUCGCGUCCUUCACUCAAGACAAUUUUUACUGAGACACUCUUUUUGUUUUGUUUACUUCGUGAUGUCGUUCAUGGAAAUUGUAGUUCUACAAUCUAACAGUUCUCAUGAACCUCCUGGCUUGAUCCCGUGCAAAAACUGUAUUUCCCAGAAAACGCUGCUCCGUAUUUGUGCGCAGUGAAGCUGUCAGAUACACUGUUUAUCACCUGGCUCUAGAAAGAUGCUGAGGCAGAAAGGCGCAGUGAGCGCAGAAGGUUGCAUCGCCUAAACCGUCUGCGUCCUGUACAUUUGGAUAAAGAGACUUUACAGGGAAAACACAUUUAUUUACUUGCAGAAUGGACUUAAAACAAAAGCCUUAAAUUCCAUGUAAGAUUUAUCACACUGCCAGACGGUUUGCAAUUUAACGCAACCUAGCCUACUAGUACGACUGCAUACUUACUGUUGUAUCUUGCGCAUACAGGUGUACUUCAGUGUGCAACACCUUAAUACCAAAGUGGAUUUUCAAUUCUGAAGAUUACCAAAACAAAAAUGAGCACGGUACUUCAGCAGCAAGCUGUACACAGCCCUCUUGAAAAGCAGCAAGGGAUCCUGUGCUACAACUGUGGCAAGACUUGCAAAGGAGAGGUCCUCCGUGUUCAAAACAAACAUUUUCAUAUCAAGUGCUUCGUAUGCAAAGUGUGUGGCUGUGACUUGGCCCAGGGUGGAUUUUUUGUCCGACAAGGAGAGUACAUUUGUACUUUGGACUACCAGAGACUUUACGGGACUCGCUGCUUUAGCUGUGAUGAGUUUAUCGAAGGAGAGGUGGUCUCAGCCCUGGGGAAGACGUAUCACCCCCGGUGCUUUGUCUGUGCUGUCUGCAGACAGCCGUUUCCACCUGGAGAUCGAGUAACCUUCAACGGGAAAGACUGCAUUUGUCAAAAAUGUUCACAGCCCAUGUCUGCCCACAGCCCUGUAACAAUCCAGGCAGUCAGAAACUGCUGUGGCUGUGGACAGGAAUUUAGAAAUGAACAGUCCCUGGUAGCAUUGGACAAGCACUGGCACCUUGGCUGUUUCAAGUGCAAGAUUUGUAACAAAGUGCUGAAUGCAGAAUACAUCAGCAAGGGAGGAAUUCCUUACUGUGAAGUUGACUACCAUGCUAUGUUCGGCAUCCAAUGUGAGCACUGUAAGAAAUACAUCACUGGCCAAGUAUUAGAGGCAGGCGAUAAACAUUAUCACCCAUCCUGCGCAAGAUGUGUCAGGUGUGACCAGAUGUUCAAAGAAGGAGAAGAGAUGUAUCUUCAAGGUUCUUCCAUUUGGCAUCCACCCUGCAGACAGGCAGCCAGGGCUGAAGAGAAACACAAGGUGACUAGAACUUCCUCUGAAAGCAUCACCUCUGUUCCAGCUUCAAGCACUUCAGUAUCUCCAAACCGUGUCAUUUACGCAAAACUUGGCGACGAAUUUCUUGACUACAAGGAUCUGGCAGCACUUCCUAAAGUUAAGGCGAUCUAUAACAUUGACCGCCCUGAUAUGCUCACCUAUUCUCCAUAUAUGAAUUACUCUUCUGGUGACAGGCAUAGCAAUGUGGAGUCACGUCAUCUACUUUCCCCAACACCCACUGAGGGCGAUCAAGGCGACAAAUCCCCCCGCCAGCGGAGACCCUCCAGCCCCAGCUCCAACAGCUCCCUGGGAUACGGGCGCUUCACUCCAACACGCUCGCCUCAGUACAGCAGAGCAGAGCUACCCCCUGCUGGUGGUACAUACACUGUGCGUGCUGGCAAUUACAGUUCUCUUCCUCAUGACGCAAGCACCAUAGACAUGCUCCGACAUAACUACAUCCCUUACUUUAAAGGUGACAAACAAGACCCCAUUGAAAAUAAGAUGUUGCAUCUCACUUUGCCUACCCACGGUAGUGAAAGCGGUUGGAGUACCCCCAGCCUCUUCGCAUAUUCAGACAGCAAAUCUCCCUCCUCUACAUAUGUGCAAGCUCCCAGGCAUUUCCAUGUACCAGAAACUAGGCUAAAAGAUAAUCUCUAUAGAAAACCCCCAGUCUACAAACCGCAUGCUGCGAGGACAUACUGGCACGAAGGAGAGGAUAUGGAACAUGACAACAGAAAGAAGACAAACUGGUUGAUUCUGAAGCACGAGAUGGAUGCUCGGUCUGGUCCAGAUGAUGUAGAUCCCAGGACAUCUACUCACAGUCUGCCUAUUGAUCCAUCACAGAAAAACUUCCCCUACUCUAAAUCAGCAUCUCUUCCUGGUUAUGGGAGAAAUGGGAUACAUAAGGCUGCAGAUCUUGCCCAAUAUGAACCAGACCAGGAUGGAGGCUGGGGAAUGAGAGAAUACAAGGUUUAUCCCUAUGGAGUGCUAGCAGUAACAAACAGAGUUCAUUUUAAAUUGCCAAAGGACGUGGACAGGACCAAGUUGGAGAGGCACUUGUCUCCUGAAGAAUUUAGGCGGGUUUUUGGAAUGACGAUUGAAGAGUUUGAUCGCUUGGCACUGUGGAAAAGAAACGACAUUAAGAAGAAAGCACGCCUUUUUUAAACACAGAAUAUAGAAUUUCUUGCUUAGCAAAAGUCCUGUAUGGUGGAAAAAAAAUGCCACAGGAUUGCUUGCAAUGUCAUCACUCUUUGAAUAAAGAUGAACUAGUGGAAGCCAGCAGGAAUAGAGAGAGCAGCUACUCUUGCAUGGCCAGCUAUGUGUUUUCCCUGGGUGUGUAUCCUGGCCUUAGUCCCAACCAGCCCAUUGCAGGGCAAAUAACUGAAUUAAGUUAUGCAUUUCUUAUUUUAUUAAUUAAUUAAUAUUAAAAAGCUUUCGUAAUAGUGUGGUAGUUUAGGUCUGUACACUGAUAACACUUUGCUUUGCAAUACCUGGUCUGCCACUAUAAACUAUAAUUUGCAUUAUGUUACAGAAGAGGUGACUAAGGCUAAUAAUACGUGCUUAGGCCAAGAAAGCACCUUAUACAACUUUUGUGUUUUUCAAAACAAAUCUAGAAUGGCUCAGUUGUACUUUUAUUUAACAGAGGAUAUGUUUUAUUGAAAUAUUACUUAUAAUGCAGAGAGGUCCAAAUAAUGUGUAUAGUGUAUUGUCUAGACAGAAAAGAAACAACGAUGAUAUUGACCAUAUAAUUCCUAUUGGCCAUAGAAAUGCCAGAUCCCAAAACACCUCAGCCCUGAACACAGACCGGAAGUUACACUUAAAGCUGAAGUGAAAUGUGCGUCAGUGAGACAAAAAAAAAAAAAAAAAAAAAGGUUGGACAUGUUUUCACUGUUGCAGCAGCAAAAGCCAUUUAAAAUGAUCUG